CUGCUGCCAGGGGAUUGGCUGGCUGGACCCCUGGAACUCUGCCAGUCCUGAACUCCCUAUAAAAAGAACUCUUUCCACCUGCCAUAUAGAGCCUUUUGGGGGUGAAUAGUCAUUUCUCAAGCAAGUCUGUCUGGCAGUUGUCAAUCAUGAGACGUUCCAGUGACUGCCCAGAAAAGGAACUCUUUCCAGAAGCUGGAGAUGUUUCACCUGUAAGGCCUUGGGAGCAGCCCCCACAGGUCCCUAUAGCAUAUGAGAGAGAAGACACCCACAACAAUCCUCUAUCUUCAAAAAUGCAGGUAGAGGACAGGGACUCUGAAACAAAUGUCUCCAUGCUGGAGCAUGCCUGCUCUAGCCAAUUCUGCCACCCUAUGGGGGAAGGUGUAUUCUCCUCCGUCAAACGAAAAUGUAAGUUCCCUGUUCCACCCAUGCAAGCCAGAACUGCUUCACACACUCCUUCCAUCAUUGAGAGUCCUCCAAGCAGUGAUGAUGAAGGCCCAGUGAUGCAUGUUAGAUCAGCUGCUACAAGUAAUGCUACCAUCUUUGGACACCAGACGGGCCCUACUCUGCUCCCAGGUACACAUGCUUCUGCAGCUGAGCCGGUGGCAUCUCUUUUAUCUUAUGCAGAACGUAUCUUCCGUGAGGGGAGAGAGGCAUUCCGCUCGACCAACGUCCCAGAUAAGGACACUCUACCAUUCAUGCAUCUUGGAGCUUCUUCAGACUCUGCUUCCAGUGCUGAGAGCCCUCGUGGCAGUGAAAAAGCCCCAAUACCGCACCAUCUGUUGACUCGACCACAGCACGCUAGUGUCCUGGGACAGCAAAGUGGCCAAGCUUCACUGCCAGAUAUGCAUGCUUCUGCUCCUGAGCAGGUGGAACCCUUCCACGGCUUGCAGCCAAAGCAAACAGAAAGCAGCUCACCUAUGUGGCAACACUUCUUCAUGCAUGGGACGGAAAAACUUGUGGCUGUGUGCAAGAUAUGCAACAAAAAUGUGAAGCUUGCCAGGAGAGGAGACGGCAAGAGUUUGGGCACAUACCCACUACGGCGUCACUGGGUGAUCUUCCACUCUCCCCUUGCGUCCCAGAAGCUUGUACUGAGAGGACCUGACUUGGGUGCUGCACAAUUGCAACUGGGAGCUGAGGAAAUGGAGCAUUGAGAUGGUACACAUCCCGUGGUGGCACUAUACAACACCGAAUGUGCCUGGCCGCUAGUAGAGGAAAUGUUUCCAUGCUCCCCGGUUGAUUCCAAUGCAUUCCAGCAGUUGAUGCAUUUCAUGGCCCCAAAGUGGAAGGUUCCUGGACAGAAAUUCUUCUUCAGGAUGAGCUAUGCCAGCCUUGGGUUAGGACAUCAUUAAAGCAAUUGAGCAAGGGCUAAGAGAGUCACUCUGCCCUUUUCACUCUUGGUGGCUGGGCCAAAGGAUCAACAAUGGGCUAUGCCUUUCUUUUCAAAGGAAAUUGGGUUGGGGACAAUGAUGGAAUUCUGUGCAGGCAUUGGACAAUGAUGACCAUGUGUGAGGAAUUGGGAGGCACUUCCAGCAAUCCAGUGGGAGGCCCGUUGCUGCCCGAAUGAACUGCAGUUGGCAUAUGUUCUUGACCCAUAAAUGUGUCACCCAGUGAGCUUUUAAGGAUUUUUAAAAAGGUUAUUGACAGGCGAAACUGUUAGUUGCUUAAUCAUCUGCUUUUAAUGUAAAAUUAAAUAAAGAUCAGUGAAAUCUUGAUAAA